GAUAUAAGAUUGCCAGUAGCCGAGGAUCAAUCGUCCGACACACGUGCACACAUUAGGAUGACCUCCUACGUGGCCUUCCAGCAAUACGACCUCCUGGACUCCGAGGGCUACGGAUCGGCGAGCAGCCCGGAAUCGAAUCCACGCGGUAAUUGGCAUCACCAAGAGAUCUAUCCGCAGCCGCCGCGGUCCAGGGGCAGCAGCUGCGGCAGCGUUAGCUCUGUGGACAGUCAUCACCAGCAGGAAUACCAGGAGAGCGGCGGCGGUGCCCCCAAUGGAAGCCUCCACGUGACCGCCGGCUUCAAUUUCGGUGAUUUCUACGAGGGCUACUAUCAGGAGGGUAGCUGCCGGAACGAUCAUCAGCCAGCGUUGAGCGGUGACGUUACGAGGAACGUCACGGAUCUUCACGCCAAGCUGAUCUUCAGGAUGAAUGAACAGUGCGCGACCUACGAUGAUGCUGCGUCUAGGAUGGCCUUCAAUGAGGGCGUCGUAAAUAAGCAGGACCCAGCAGGGUACAUUCAGAAGAUGGACCAUCUUUCGGCCGGCGCGUACGCGAAUUCGAGGACCGACUUCGGUCAGAGUCAGCCUGUCUUUGCCACGAAGGGCUAUGCAAAGAGCGGUGCCUAUCAUCCGCGGAACGAGAAUCACCGUUACGCUCAGAGAAAUCACCCUUACGUCACCUACACUGUGCCGAGAAACGAGUCCGGCUUGUCGAGCGGUCAGCCAAGCAAAUGCGAUCAGUCGUCGAGGUAUCAUCAAAGGAAUGACGGCCUUCACGUCGUUUUGCCGGCGGAAUACACUAGCCAGAAAUCCAAGGAGGCAGCCGUGCAGAAAAUAAAGAGCAGCGCGCCUGGCGUCGAGGUGCUGAGGAAGAGAAGACUGGCGGCGAAUGCCAGAGAGAGAAGGAGAAUGAACAGCUUAAACGACGCUUUCGACAGGCUACGCGAUGUCGUACCCAGUUUAGGGAAUGACAGGAAACUCAGCAAGUUCGAAACGUUGCAAAUGGCGCAGACUUACAUCGCCGCCCUUUACGAGCUGCUGCAGCGCAAAUGAACGCACUCCGAACCUGGUCCGAUUCGGAUCCUCUUCCUUCGAAAAGGAGAACAAUGUCUUGUUCACAGCACAGUGUCUUCUUGCGUGUUGCUGCGAUGACCUAGAAUCCUCGAAAAUCGCGAAACAUAAAAUCGAAUAGAAGAGCAUA